GGAUUCGACGCUAACCCUACUUGCGCGGCGGCGUGGUCACUGAGCUCGUUCUCUCCUCUAUCUCUCGACUCCUCAAUCGCCGGGUUAAGCAUUAGCAAUCAAAAUGUUCACCGCAAGAAAAAAGAUCCAAAAGGACAAGGGUGCUGAGCCUACCGAGUUCGAGGACACUGUUGCUCAGGCGUUCUUUGAUUUGGAGAAUGGAAAUCAGGAAUUGAAGAGUGACUUGAAGGACCUUUACAUUAGCUCAGCAACUCAAAUGGAUGUAGCUGGCAACCGGAAAGCUGUUGUUAUCCACGUGCCAUACCGACUUCGCAAAGCAUUCAGGAAAAUUCAUGUGAGGCUAGUUAGAGAAUUGGAAAAGAAAUUCAGUGGGAAGGAUGUUGUUCUCAUUGCCACAAGAAGGAUUCUGAGGCCGCCUAAGAAAGGUUCUGCUGUUGUGCGCCCGCGUAGUCGCACUCUCACUGCCGUUCAUGAUGCCAUCCUGGAAGACGUAGUCUACCCUGCUGAAAUUGUUGGGAAGCGCAUCAGAUAUCGCCUCGAUGGCUCUAAGAUCAUAAAGAUUUUCUUGGACCCAAAGGAGAGGAACAACACCGAAUAUAAACUGGAGACCUUCACAGGUGUCUACCGGAAGCUAUGUGGGAAGGACGUUGUUUUCGAGUACCCUGUCACCGAGAGUGCAUGAAGAAAUUUUUAUCGGACUACAUUUCAUCUAAGUCGCUAAUUUUAUAAAUGGAGACUGCUCUCCUUAGAAGCAUUUUUUUUAUUGGUACGUUUGUUUUGGCACUCUUUGAUGUUUGUUAAUUUGACAUUUCUUUGCACACCA